AUGACACAGUACAAGCUGACAUAUUUCAAUGGACGGGGUUCCGCAGAGAUCAUUCGGCAGUUAUUCGUUGUCGCAGAGAAAGAUUAUGAAGAUAUACGUCUAGGUGGAGAGGAAUGGGCGAAGCACAAAGCUGGGUACGCUGGUAAGAAUGCUUGGGAGGAGGCCGUAGUAGAUUCAAUCGUCGAUCAAUACAGAGAUUUUAGCACGGACAUUCGGCCAUUUCUCAGAGUUUAUCUGGGAUUCGAAAAGGGCGACCUUGAUGCCAUGACGAAAGAUGUGUUCCUCCCAAAUCGCGAGAAAUUCUUCACAUUCAUGAAAAAAUUUCUUGAUAGCAACAAAUCCGGAUAUCUUGUUGGAGAUUCGCUUACUUGGGCUGAUCUGUAUUUGGCUGAAAUGGCUGAAUUUAGCAAAAAAGUGCCACAACUUUAUGAUGGAUUUCCAGAG